AAUUCGAAUCAUAUAUGAGCUCUAUGGAGAAUCAGAAUAGAACUAUCCUUCUUCUUUUCUCAUGGAUUUUCAUGGUCGCCACCAUGGUAGCUGCAAGCACAACGAUAAUCCCAGUGAACGUGGGAGUUGUUGUAGACCUUGAUGAACCGAGUGGGAAAAUGUACUUGAGUUGCAUCGAAAUGGCGCUUUCGGAUUUCUAUGCCAUCCAUGCUGACUACAAGACUAGGCUCGUUUUGAACACCAGGAACUCCAAUGGAGAUGUGGUUGGAGCAGCUGCCGCAGCUUUAGAUCUAAUAAAGAAUGUAGAAGUGAAAGUCAUCCUAGGACCGGUGUCGUCCAUGCAGGCAAGUUUCGUUGUUAAUCUUGGAGAGAAAGCUCAUGUACCCAUCAUAUCAUUUUCUGCAACAAGCCCUUCUCUUACUUCACCAAGGAGCUCCUUUUUUUUCCGAUUUGCACAAAAUGACUUGAACCAAGUGAAAGCUAUAAGUGGUAUUGUUCAGAACUUUGGAUGGAGACGAGUUGUGCCCAUCUACGUAGACAACAUGUAUGGGGAAGGAGUCAUACCUUUUCUAAUUGAUGCCUUGCAAGACGUUGAUGCUCAUAUCCCCUACAGAAGUCUAAUUCACGAACUAGCCACGGAUGAUCAGAUUGAAAAAGAGCUUUACAAGUUGAUGACGAUGCAGACUCGAGUCUUCAUUGUGCAUAUGAUGCCUAAUCUUUCCUCUCGGUUAUUUGCCAAGGCAAAAGAGAUGGGAAUGAUGAGUGAGGGUUUUGUUUGGAUCACAACUAAUAGUAUCGGAAAUAAUUUAAGGUCUAUGGCUUCAGUCCUUGAUUCGAUGCAAGGCCUAUUAGGUGUAGAAACUUAUAUUCCAAGGACAUUGAAGCUUAGACAAUUCAUAUCAAUGUGGAAAAAGCAAUUCCAACAAGACAAUCCAAAAAUCAUUGAUGUUGAAUUGGAUGCUUUUGGAUUGCGGGCAUAUGAUGCUGCUUUUGCAGUAGCCAUGGCCGUUGAGAAAGUUGCCAACGCAGGUUUUAAAUUCCAAAAGAGGAAUGCUUCUUCCUUCAACUCUCAUUAUGGCUCAAAACUUUCUCAUGCAUUAUCCAUCAUUAAUUUCAAAGGUAUGGCUGGAGACUUCAAUCUUGUUGAUAGGCAACUUCAGGUAUCAACUUUUAAGAUUGUUAAUGUGAAUGGUUAUGGACCAAGAACAGUUGGAUACUGGACACCAGAAAAUGGAAGGGUAGUAAAGCGGUUGAAAUCGACAAGGAAUGGUACAAAAUCAACUUCCAAGUGCGAUCUUAGACCUAUUAUAUGGCCUGGAGAGUCAUUAUCAGUUCCUAAAGGAUGGGAGAUCCCGAUAAAUAUUGGUACCAAGUUAAGAAUAGGAGUUCCUAUGAGGGAAGGUUUUCAAGAGUUUGUUAAAGUAACUAAUACAAGCACUAAUACAGUUGACGUCACUGGAUUCAGUAUUGACGUGUUUAAAGCCGUAUUGGAGAUCCUACCAUAUGCACUUCCUUAUGAUUUUGUUCCCUUUGCAAUUGCUAAUGGAAGCACAUACAAUGAUUUGGUGUAUCAAGUACAUGAUGGGAAGUUUGAUGCUGUGGUUGGAGAUAUAACAAUUAGAGCAAAUAGGUCAUUGUAUGUGGGCUUUACUAUGCCAUAUACUGAAUCUGGUGUAGUGAUGGUUGUGCCAAUACAAGACAAGAGGACCAAAAGUGCAUGGGUUUUCUUAAAGCCUUUGACAUGGGACCUUUGGAUGACAACUUUGUGUUUUUUCAUCUUUAUUGGUUUUGUGAUUUGGGUGCUUGAACAUCGAAUUAAUGAUGAUUUUCGUGGUUCUCCCUCACAUCAAGUUGGCACAAGCUUCUGGUUCUCUUUCUCAACCAUGGUUUUCUCACAAAGGGAGAAAGUGGUUAGCAACUUGGCAAGAUUUGUGAUGAUUAUAUGGAUAUUCGUUGUACUAAUAGUGACACAGAGCUAUACAGCUAGUCUAGCAUCACUAUUGACAGUCCAACAACUCCAACCAACUAUUACCGAUAUAGAUGAUCUUUUGAGGAAUAGAGAUAAUGUGGGCUACAUGACGAGUUCUUUUGUUUAUGAUCUCUUGAGACAAAAAGGUUUUCAUGCUUCCAGGCUUAAGGAUUAUGGAGCUAUGGAAGAAAUAGAUGAAGCUCUUUCAAAGGGGAGUGCAAAUGGCGGUAUUGCUGCUAUUGUUCAUGAAACCCCCUAUAUGAAGCUUUUUGUUGCAAAAUAUUGUUCCAAGUAUACCAUGAUUGGACCUAUAUUUAAAACUGAUGGCUUUGGCUUCAUAUUUCCGAAAGGUUCUCCUCUUAUACCCGAUGUUUCACAAGCAAUCCUUAAUUUGACAGAAGGAGAGAAGAUAAUGAACAUUGAAGAUGAAUGGAUGAAGAAAGAAAACAAUUGUAAAGAUCCAAGUACCGAGAAAUUUUACAGCAAUAGUCUUGGCCUUGAGAGCUUUUGGGGCCUCUUUCUCAUUGCUGGGGUAGCUUCAGUAUUCGCUCUCCUCAUAUUUGCAACUUCCUUCCUUCACAAGCAUAAGCAAGUUUUGAUGUCCUCUGAUUCAAGAGCUUCCAAGUGGAAAAGGAUUAGAACCAUAUUCAAGAUUUUCAAUGAAAAAGAACUUAGCUCUCAUACUUUAAAAAGCAGUAGGCAUGAAGCUAGGAUCGCUGGUGCUCCGGAUCAUGAAGUGAAUGCCUCACCAAAUAACAACUGGCCGGAAAGUCCUUUCAGCUAUACCAACCAGACGGAUGCAACUUCUGUAUUCUACGGAGAGCAAGAAACACCAUCUCACGGUCAAGCAUCUCCGGAAAUCGUUCCAACUUUUGAGCUUGCUGCUUUCACUAAUCAAGAAAUGCAUGCAACUCCAGAAAUAGCUCAAGAAAGAGUUUGAAGGAAUCAAAAAAGAAAAAAGAUGGAGCACAUAUUCUAUGUUGACAAUUCAUCUGAAGCAUAUUAUUAACUAGCUGUCUAUAAAUUUUCAAUUAGUAUAGUUUCAUCAUGUAUAUCGCUAUUGAUUAACAAUUUUUA